CCCACCCCCACAUAAACAUCCGGACAGCCCGCAGAGCCGCUGCUGUCGCCUCCCAGCGCCUCCCAGCUUUCCGCUCUUCAGUCAAGCAGAAAGGCGAGAAGCGAGUGAGAGGAAGCUCACAACAGCGAUGGCAACUGACGGCAGCGGGACACCGCUCGAAGAAAACGACGAGCCGGUUUCAUCAGAUCUGGAGCUCAGCGGAAACAUCCCGAAGAGGCACGCCCGGGUCACAGUGAAGUACAACAGGAAGGAGCUGCAGAGGCGGCUGGACGUGGAGAAGUGGAUCGACGAAAGCCUGGACCAGCUGUACAGGGGUCAGGAGGCCGACAUGCCGGAGGAGGUGAACAUUGACGACUUGAUUGACCUUCGUACUGAUGAGGAGCGAAUCGUGAAGUUAAAGGAGCUCCUCCAAAGCUGCAGCAAAAACACUGAGACUUUCAUCAAGGAGCUGGUGGCAAAGCUGGUGGGGGUUUACAAGCAGGAGGAUCUGCAGAGUGAAGGCAUUGAGCAUCCCGUCAUCUGCCACAGCCUCCACCGCCACGAGCCCUACCACUUCAACAACCCGCAGCACCACUUCCAUCACACACAAGGCCACAACCAGAGUCUCUGAUGAGAACCGGAUCCGCGUGUAGACAAACUGACACACAAGGUUGGCUGUGUUGGACUAAAAGAUUCAGGGAUCGAUAGAGCAUCAAAUAUACUGACGCAUUUCAAAUGUAAGGCUCUCCUGCCGAGAGUUAAAAGUAGUGACUCUAUUCACAAAAUGCUCUCAGUUGAAGCAUGAAGGAAUGCAAAGAGAAACCUUCAUUCUGCCAGAGUUAGGAGGCAAACAAAAUCUAAUCUACUACCAGUUAAUGUUUUACCUGCUGCAAAGCCAGUCGAUCUGGUGUCCUGAGUCUGGUACAGAUGCUCCAGCAGAUUUCUACUUUGGUUCGCAACUUAGUUCACGAUUUUAACCGUGAUUUGCAGGGGAUAAAUGCCAGACAUCUUAUCUGUUAUCAAAAUGAUGCUUAUAGUUUCUGUUUCAUCCUUUAUUUCUUUCUUCAAAAGAUUUGUUUUAAAUGAUAAAACUAGCUGCAGUUUCAUCACAAAUGUACGCAAAACUUUGUUAUUGUGAUAAUUAAAAAACCCCACAAUUUCGCAAUCGAGGUGUUUCCAUUAAAUAAGGAAUUGAAUUAAAAAUCACACAUGAAUACGUGAUGCCAUUUAAAAAAACACGCCAUCAUCCUAACGCAGAAACGUUUCACCAAAGGGCAAAUUUUUUUUGAAGCUGCCAUGUUUCUAUUAGGCAAAUCUAUUUUCACAAUUCCAAUUUGCACAAUUAAACGGUUGAUGGAAACGCAGCUACUGAUGAUGUCACUCAGUGGCACAAAGAAGUUGGGCCUGUACUUGACCAUUUUGAGCUGAUUCCAGUUAGACUGUAUUUUUAAUUCUGUUGCUAAUGAGUUCAUGGUGAUCCAUUGAUCCAUUUGAAGAACUUUACCAUAUAUACGCAUUUAGAAAUCAGCUUGAGGUUUAAAAAUGUGCACAUCCAGUUUUUAAGAACAUGGCAGUGAUGUAAUCUGGUGGUCUUCUUAUUUUUAAUGGUUGUGUUUCAUCCUCAGUGGGCUGACUGUAGAGCUGAAACAAUUCAUCAGAGUAAUGGUGAUAAAUCGAUUGUUGAAAUAAUCAUCAAUUUAGUCGUCGAUUAAUUGCUAACUGGACUACACAGACUCAAAAAAGGCCAUUUGCUGAAAGAACAAAAUACUCAGAACAGAUAUUAAGCCAAAAUUGUAUGAAAAAUAUGUACAUUUUGUAUUUAAGAUACAACAAAAAAAACACUUUUGUCUGUAUCCAAAACACUUCAAGUGGCAUCUUUAGCUUCACUUGGUUCAAAUUCUUAAAAAAAAAUAUUUAAAAAAAAUUACAAUUCUAUUAAGCACAUUUUAUAAUCCAAUUAUGAACUAGUUAAUAUAAAAAUACACUGUAUUAAUGCUAACCUGAGCAGGAAGGCCUGAGCUUUUCUCAUCUACACAUUAGAACAAUUUUUAGAUGCAUCCUUUGCUACAAAUGACCAACCAUUCACUAAUGGAAUGGUUUUUAACUCUCCCAUUGAGGCCAUUUUUGGCUGGUUAAGUUGUUAUUGUUGGAUCAUGAACUGUAGCUCUAACAGCAGUUGAGUGCUGCACCACUUUGAAUGUGGUUCUUUCAUGUUCUCUUGGAAGAGGUGUUGAUACGCUCUGGGAGUAGUUUUGGAUGUUCUGUGGAUUAUUGCUCUAACUGUAGCCUUAGAGAUGCUUUACUUAUUGACAUAAAAAUUUGGGACACUUUCUGCAGAUUCGGUCAGGCUAUCUUGGUUUGACAUUAAAACUUGUUUUUGAUGAUCUGAAAUGUUUAAGUAUGACAAAAAUAAGAAAAACAAGAAAUCCAUUAGGGGGCAUUUCACUGAACUGUGUCUACAUAAUGUGAUGCUGGAAAUGAAGCCUUUGUGAUCCCUAAACUUUUCAAUGAUGCAUUUCUGCAGAGAACUGUUAAAAAGUCAACUUAAUAAAAUAAUUUAUGCAACUA